AUGAAUGACCACUCAAAGCUAGAGGACAGCCUUAAAGUCAUCUUACAACAACUCAAAUCUUUCAGCCCUACCAUCCCAAGUGACUCGAUUUUCGCUGAAUUGAGGGACUCAAUCAAUUACGUGGUUCUUCAGUCUAAAAAAUGUUUAAAAUUCACGGAUAGCAGCCUUGUGAAAUGCAAACGAGAAAUUUCAACCCCAUGCUCAGACAUCGAUACUCCACAUAUCCCAAAGGACUUUUGUUCUUUAUGCCUCCCUUAUGACCAUUUUUAUACAGGUCUUUUACCCGAUGAUCCCAAUGGAAAAGACACUCAAAAAUUACAAGACGGAGAAAUAGAUGAAAUUGUAUUUAAGCUAAAGCAAAAUGAAUUAACCAGGAAUUUUGUGAGAAGUGGAAAGAAAACUAGUCUUCACUUUGCGGCUUAUUGGGGCUCACAGACAUGUGUCCAGACAUUAAUACUACAGGGCUCUGAUCUUACUGCUCGUGAUGAAUAUGGUCUAACACCAAUUAUAUGGCUUGCCAGUCGGACCGAUUAG